GCGCCACUACUCGCGCUCAAGUUCCGGUCACGGUCACCACUCUUAACAGCGUCAAUCGCUAUGGCUUGCGCCGAUCCGUACUCCUUGCAAUUGGAUAAGAUCGUCCUCCCUCAUUUUUCUUUUCCUUUUCUUGAGAUUUACUUCUUUCUGGGGUUAAUUUGUUUUGUCAAAUUUUCUUGAGAAAACGAGUGGUUUUCAUUCUUACUCCCAGACGAGAUCCAAACGCUUCCCACGAGCUUCUGGAUCGUAAUCGGAUUUUCCAACUUUCUUUUUCCUGCAGACCCAUCUCAAUGCCUCAACUCAAUUUCGGGAAAAGUGGAGAAAAUUGACAAAUAAUUGUUUCUCAGCGAGAAAUUUUGAUUUUCCAUUGGAGGGUAGUGGCCACUCGCUCUUCGCCCGGAAUCAAAAGCUUUAAUUGCAUCGCUUGAUAGCGAUUUGAGAACGCUCUCUGUACAAGACCUUCUGGCGGAGAGGGAUAGCGAUAAAUUUCAGUCCUUAUCGAGAUUUUGAAUGUUGGAUUUUCCAUCAAAAGUUUAUCGGCUGAUUCUGUCUCGUGUGAUGUGGGUAUGUUCGAUUUGCUGGAGGCCGGCGGGUUCUUGGAGAAGGCAAUUAUUGCAGAAAUAUUGAUCUGAGAGGUUUUACCAGGUGAGUAACGAGUUCAAUUUGUUAAAAUUUAGCCAACACGAGAUCUGGGUCUUGCCCUUUUCAUUAGAACUAUUUGGAUUUGUGAAUUUGUGAGGUGGAAGUUCAUGGUUCGAUGGAUCCGCUCUCUGCUAACGGCUUCUCCUGUUUCCAAAUCUGGAGGUGUUUCAUUGUGUUUUCCUAGUUAAUCUCUCGUUCAAUUUGGUGUAUUUUUGUUGCUUUGACAUCUCCAGAUUAUAAUCAUGCUACUGAAGGAGUUCUUACCGUAUGAUUUCAUAGUCUGCUUCUUCUCUCUUGUUUGGAUAUUUGGAUCACAUUCAACUGCUGGGGUUUGCCUAUUGGUUUGAGUUUGCUGGAAUUGGAACUUCUUUCAGUUUUGAUUUUGACUCAAAAUUUUCUCCUUAAUUAAAGGGUUUCUAUUCUUGGAAAUUAAUUUACUAUUUAUGAACAUUAUUACCUGUCUUGCGAACAUUGGUCUGCUCUGUUUUGGAUGUGUGCAUACAGUUCUGAUGGUGUGGGAUUCUGAAACUAUCUAUUUUCGUUUCUUUUCAUCAAUUUUUGUCUUGUUUUGAUGAUAUUUCUACUAUAUAUGUUUUGGGGGUUGAAUUGUAAAACAGUCCAGGUUGGCUUUUGAUAGAGUCGUGAAUGAUUUCUCUCGUGUCGUCACCACUUUGAUAAGUUUGGGUGGGGAUUGAGAUUCUUUAACCAUGGAGGGUGCUGUUGAAACACUACCAAAAGUUGAAGCAAUCGAUGAUGAACUUCGCCUUGCUAGAUUCUCACGGCACCAGCCUCGUGUUAAAGUUUACUCGUCAUCCUGGCUCGAUAUGAGAGUGUUCUAUGUUAGAAUCAGUAAUUUCCAAGUGGACAGCUCAACGCCCGAGUUCCUCAUGCUAAACCAUAUCCCUCUCAGCCCGGACACCCUUUUUGAAGUGAAUGGUGUUAGAAGUAGCAGUCACUCAGAGGGAGUCUCUUCCUCUCUGAGGAGAGAUAGGGCUGAUAAGAAAUCAGAAGAAGCUACUUUUGUGACUACUGAUAGUAUAAGGUUGAGUGGAAAUGUGAAAUUUGAGGUGUAUGACAAGGACGAUUUGAUUCUUUCUGGUGUUUUGGAGAUGUCGAAUUGCAACGGUUUAUCCGGGGAGUCGAAAGGCAAUGCGAAGAGGUGGAACAUGAGCUGUGAGUCGAAGUUGGGUGCUGGCUUCUUGAAGGGAAAGCAUAUGAUUGGAGUUGAAACCCCCAUGCCGAAGAUCGAGGUUUAUGUUGCUGGUAGCUUUUUGGGGAAUCCUAUCAUCUUGACCAGAACUUUGCAGCUAAGCUCCAGAAAGAAGCAGGGUUGGAAAUCCAUGUUGGACGCCAUACCAGAGUCUGAGACACCCAAAUCUAAUGAAGAUCAAUUUCCACAACAUGAUUUACAGGCCACAGAAUACAUAAGAUACAAACAGGACGACAUCGAAGACGACUACUACAACAUGUACUGGAAGAGGCGAGAGUAUUUAGACAAUGAAGAUGGUGAACUCUCCUGGUUCAAUGCAGGCGUGAGAGUCGGUGUUGGUAUAGGGCUUGGUGUCUGUUUAGGAAUCGGUGUAGGAGUAGGCUUGCUCGUACGUACCUACCGAGCGACUACUCGGAACUUUUCAAGGCGGCUAAUGUGAUUUGAUGAAGAAUCUACUUGUGUAGCUGAAAUUUUGACUCUGGAAAACAUGUAUGUUUAAAGCAUUACUAGUUUGUCAAUAGAGAGGAUUGGUGAGGUGAUAAUAGGUCAUUUUGAGCCUUGUAUGGUAUUUAUUAGUAGUGUGAUUAUGGUUAACUGAAGCAGCAAAUUUAUAUAUGUAUAUUUUUUAUUAGUUGAACAGACUUUUUGUCGAAGUUAUAAUGCCUUGAUCAAUUAGAGCUAUC